AUGAAUCCAGCCACCCAGUAUCUCAUCACCCACAGCUUCUGGCGCCACAACUACGAUGUGAGCACAAUAAACAAAACACAUCUUUUCCAUGUGGCCAACUCCUCCUUAACCCCAGGAAAGCCGGAUCUUACUUUCUACCGUAGCUCCGACUCCAAUGGGCCCAUUGUGGGAAUAUGCAAGUUCCGACACUUCUCCUCAGACUCUGAGAUCGGUCUAGGAGAUCCUGAAUGGCCCAACAAAAUGGACUGGGAAUACCUACACAAACAAGGAUUCAUGAAACGUACAUAUUGGUUCCGCAUGCAGCUGGAAGGCGGCACAAAGCAGACUUUCACUUGGAAACGAACCCACUCCCUUGGCAGCGGCAGGGACAAUCAUAAACUAGUUGAGGAGACCAGCCAAACGGUUGUGGCCGUCUUUUCUUCUGGAGGCAUCUUUUCCAAAACAACCGGUUACUUAGAUAUCUACUUGGAUCUGGGGCCGCGAUUCAACCUCAUGGCGCUUAUUUCGGGAAUUGCCUUGGUCGAGAAGGUGAGGCGACAGAACAGUGCAGGUGGGGGAGGUGCAGGUGGAGGUGGAGGAAGUUGUUAG